GGUCGAUCGGGCGAGGACGAUGGCAGUGAGCGCUUUCUCGUCGACAUUGCACACCACCGAUUUUGCCACUACGUGUCCCACUACACCCGCGCUCUGGACCGAGACGUUGCUAUCACCCGAAGACGAGGAGGAGAACGUCCUGCACAUCGGCGGCAUCUUCCCUGUGGGUGGAGAGGGUGGCUGGCAAGGCGGCCAGGCUUGCAUGCCAGCUGCGCGCCUGGCCUUAGAGGAUGUUAAUCGCGAAAAGAACUUGUUACGCGGAUAUAGACUGCACCUCCAUUCCAACGAUAGCGAGUGCGAGCCCGGCCUCGGCGCGUCCGUAAUGUACAACUUACUAUACUUUCCACCCUAUAAAUUAAUGCUGUUGGCUGGGUGCAGUACGGUAUGCACUACGGUCGCUGAGGCGGCGAAGAUGUGGAACUUGGUGGUGCUCUGCUACGGUGCAUCGUCGCCGGCGCUGUCCGACCGAAAUCGAUUCCCGACCUUGUUCAGAACGCAUCCUUCCGCCACUGUGCACAACCCCACGAGAAUCAAAUUGUUGCAAAAGUUCGGCUGGUCUCGGGUAGCGAUAUUGCAGCAAGCUGAAGAAGUAUUUAUAUCGACCGUCGAAGAUCUAGAAGCACGAUGUAAGGAAGCUGGGAUAGAGAUAGUCACCCGUCAAAGCUUCCUAUCGGAUCCCACGGAUGCGGUGAAGAAUCUACGCCGUCAGGACGCUCGAAUAAUCGUCGGCUUGUUCUACGUCGUAGCCGCGAGACGGGUGCUCUGCGAGCUCUAUCACCAGAAGCUGUACGGCCAGUCCUACGUGUGGUUCUUCAUCGGCUGGUACGAGGACGAUUGGUUUGAGAUCAAUCUGGAAAAGGAGGGUAUCACCUGCACGAAGGAGCAAAUGCGAAUGGCAGCGGAGGGACACUUGACCACCGAAGCACUUAUGUGGAAUCAGAAUAACGACACGACAAUCAGCGGCAUGACCGCCGAGGACUUCCGAAAGAGAUUGAACAAACUGCUGAAGGAUGACGGUUACGACAUUGAUAACGAUCGUUAUCCGGAAGGAUAUCAGGAGGCACCUCUCGCCUACGACGCCGUCUGGUCCGUCGCUCUUGCGUUCAACAGAACCAUGGAAAGGCUAAGCAAGUUGGGGAACAGUUUGAAGAACUUCACUUACGAAAACAAAGAGAUUGCCGACGAGAUAUACGCGGCGGUAAACUCGACCCAGUUUCUCGGAGUUUCCGGUCAUGUCGCGUUCAGCUCGCAGGGUGAUAGAAUCGCUCUGACGCAAAUAGAGCAGGUGAUUGACGGGAAGUACGUUAAAUUAGGGUACUAUGAUACACAAAGUGACAAUCUGACAUGGCGAAACGUGGAGCGAUGGUUCGGUGGCAAAGUGCCGCAGGACAGAACGAUAAUAAGAAAUGUUUUGAGAACAGUGUCACUGCCCUUAUUCAUAAGUAUGGCGGCCUUGUCGGUGAUCGGUAUCAUAAUAGCCAUCGGAUUGAUCGUAUUUAAUGUCUAUAAUAGGCACCGAAGAGUUAUAUAUUCGUCUCAUCCCAGUGCCAACUCGAUAAUGCUGGUGGGAAUAAUAGUCUGCUUCUUGGCCGUGUUGUGUAUAGGAGUUGACGGUAGGUUUGUAACACCGUGGCAGUUUUUGAUAGUCUGCCAGGCUAGGGCGUGGACGAUGUCGGUCGGUUUCACCUUGGCGUUCGGUGCCAUGUUUAGUAAAGUGUGGAGGGUCCAUCGACUCUCUACGAAGGCAAAAGCCGAUCAAGGAAAAUCAUUGACGGCUAAACAAAAAGUUUCGUCUAUACAGAAGAAGAUUGAGCCGUGGAAGCUGUACUGUAUGCUGGGCGGGUUGCUGUCGAUCGAUAUCAUCCUCCUCGUCACUUGGCAAGUGAUCGAUCCGUUGCACCGAAGAAUCGAGACCUUCGCCCUGGAACUACCUCCUUAUGGAGACGAAGACGCAAUGAUCAGACCCGAAUUGGAACAUUGUGAGAGCGAGCACAAUAGCUUGUGGCUCGGCUUACUCUAUGGCUAUAAAGGCAUUGUUCUUGCUUUCGGGCUCUUUCUAUCUUACGAAACGAGAAGCAUCAAAAUCAAACUGAUCAAUGAUUCGAGAUAUGUGGGAAUGUCGAUAUAUAACAUCGUAGUUCUGUGUUUCAUAACGGUACCUGUGGUGAUGGUCAUCUCUAGUCAACAGGAUGCAGGUUACGCCUUUUCGGCGCUAGCCACCAUUUUUUGUUGCUUCCUCAGCAUGGCUCUCAUCUUCGUGCCGAAGGUCAUCGAAGUGAUCAGGCAUCCCAGAGAUAAGUCCGAGUCGAGAUACAAUCCGGACAGUGCAGUAUCCAAGGAAGAGGAAGAGAAGUAUCAGAAACUGCUCAUUGAAAACGACGAGCUUCAGAAACUCAUCGCUGCGAAAGAAGAAAAAAUUCAAGCUAUCAAGCAGAAGCUGGCUGAACGUGAUGCCGUAAAAGGAACCGGCACAAGUCGUUGCAGACAAGGACAGCCCAAACAGUCCUUCAUCAUUGCUGACUAUCCGACCGGCGAGGGGACAUCGGACAGUGCUAUCGGCACGCAGCACAUCGCCGAAAUGUAUGAACUGCACCGACUAUGAUGCCAAAGCAAUGCACACACAAACGAGCGCUACGCUUGCGACAAAACUCUCUUCUAAAACUAGUAUUAAAUCUAUAAAACGUGCACACGGUCAAUAUGCGAAUAAUAAAUAUAUGCGAGUCUUGGAACACGCCAAACGUGAGAAUGACUCUCUGUAAUGUCUGUGAAACAUGAUUUCGUGACGGCGGUCUUUCCGUUUGUCGCGUGUUACCUGGUGUUAUACUUAAAGCGUAAGUUAGUUUAUAGCGUGUGGAAUUGUUUUAUAUGUUUCGAUACGAUUUGACUGCGCCUUAAAAAGAGGGAAAAAAAAAAAGAGAAAAACAGUACAGUAUUGAGACAUGUGUAUCUUACGGCUGUCUAUGUGUCGCGUGUGCUCUCUCUCAGACACACAAUUCGAAGAUAUGUAAAAUUUGUCGUCGUAAAUCCCCCGUGUAUAGGAAAUAUUUAAAACGAAAUGUAAUUUCUCAUUUUACGGUAUAUAUACUUAUACCACACGCGUUCACCUACGCAGUAUUUUUUACUGUACUCGUUUUUUGAUCAACUGCCGCGCAAACGGCGCUUGUAAGUCUAGUAUUAUACAUUAUACGAUAGUCCUAUCGAACUGUUGACGAAAGUAUCACAUAUAUGUACGUUAGAUUAUGAAGAUAUUUAUUUUUAAGUUUUUGAAUUAUAUAAAAAUCCGUUAAAAAUCGAAGGCUCUACCUAUUAUUAUUGAACCCUUGGGAUAUAUUGUUUACUCGAUCUGAAGCUCGCGUGGCUCACGCAACACGAUCAGCGUGAUCGCGAGUGUUCGUAUAAUAUCUCUACGUUGUUUCUAGAGUUGAGAUUUUAAUAAAGAAAAUUUA